CGCCAUUUCGUGGACGCCGCGGGACCGAGCGCAUCUGUAGGAGCAGAGCCAGAGGGGAGCGGGUGGGCCUGUCGGAGCGUUAGGACUUGAGCUUGGGCCUUUUUGAACCCAGGAUCUCGAAAUGCAUCGUGAUUCCUGUCCCUUGGAUUGUAAAGUUUAUGUUGGUAAUCUUGGAAAUAAUGGAAACAAGACUGAAUUAGAACGGGCUUUUGGCUAUUAUGGACCACUCCGAAGUGUGUGGGUUGCUCGAAACCCUCCUGGCUUUGCUUUCGUCGAAUUUGAGGAUCCCCGAGAUGCUGCUGAUGCUGUCCGGGAGCUAGAUGGAAGAACACUGUGUGGCUGCCGAGUAAGAGUGGAACUGUCGAAUGGUGAAAAGAGAAGUCGGAAUCGUGGCCCACCUCCCUCUUGGGGUCGUCGUCCUCGAGAUGAUUACCGCAGGAGGAGUCCUCCACCUCGGCGCAGAUCCCCAAGAAGGAGAAGCUUUUCCCGAAGCCGGAGCAGGUCACUUUCUAGAGAUAGGAGAAGAGAAAGGUCUCUGUCUCGUGAGAGAAAUCACAAGCCGUCUCGAUCCUUCUCUAGGUCUCGUAGCCGAUCUAGGUCAAAUGAAAGGAAAUAGAAGACCAGUUUGCAAAAGUGGUGUACAGGAAAUAACUUCAUCUGACAGGAGUAUGUACAGGAAAUUAAAGUUUUGUUUGAGACUUCAUAAGCUUGGUGCAUUUUUAAGAUGUUUUAGCUGUUCAAAUUUGUUUUGUCUCUUGGAACAGUGACACACAAAACAAUGUAAUUCUCUAUGGUUUCAGAUGGACCAUAUGAGGCAUGUGAUAGCAAGAAUUGUUACUUUACAAUGUCCCCUUAAGCAAGAUUGAAUUUUCUUUGAAUUUUAGUUUUUCAUAGACUGAAAUAAACCUAGAUCCUGCCUAGUUUUAAGUGUGACGUACUAAUGAUAUAAAGCAACUGGCGGAAAUUGAAUGAAGCUGUAGUCCUCUAGUAGCUGAGACACUGGCACUGUGGGUGGGAUGAUAAAGCAGUGUUUAAGAGCUGCUGUGAGCACAAGCCAACAGAUAGAGGGUAGGAACCACACUCUGAAGGUUUGCAAAGCGGUUCCUCCCUGGUUUCUAUACCGGGAUGCAGAGCUAUUGUAACGCCUUUAUUUGGAAAUGUAAAACUAAGAUACCAGUGUCCUUUCAGUUUAAGGGUACAUUGUAGAGCUGAACUUUUCAGUUACUGUGCAAGAUUUUUUUUCAUGCUGUCAUUUGUAAUAUGUUUGUGAGAAUCCUUGGGAUUAAAGUUUUGGUUACAAAUUGUUGUUAACUUGAAAGCCUGUUUUUCCUUGCACACUCAAAUCUGUGAGCUUGGUAUCAAGUCCAGGUAAAACAUUCCUAUUGGAAGCCAUACUUAUAUUUUCUUGUAAAGUGCUUUUGAAUUAAUAAAGUACUAGCAUAAUUGUGUAGUAGUCAGUCGAGCGAACCACUGUUGCCAUUGUUCUUAUCCCUGGGAAAGUAGUUGGUUACCCAGUUCAUUCUUUGUAAGAAACACAACUGAGAAACACUACAUUAGUGAAGGAUUUUUUUUCCCCCAUUUGCUUGUCACUUAAGAGAGCAGCCAUUUUUUAGGUGUUGAAGCCAGUUGAGGAUCAUGGCAGUUAGUGACAUUUUAAGCACCAAUAUGGUAGGUAUAUUGUAACUCUUUAAGUUGCCCAUAAAAAGUGGCUUUGAUCUUCAGCAUGAAAACAUUCAAAGAAGUUUUAAAUUUUAUUUUAUAACUUGAGGUGUUGCAUGGGAUUCCAAAUCAUGUAAAAUCCACAAUAUGGUUAAUUGUAAUGAUACACAGUUGAAAUGGAGGCAUGCAUACCCUUUCUCUUAGAAUCUGGAGGAGUUGUAGUUUCAGGUAUUUGUGUGCAAUUAGAUUAAAUCAUAAUGCAACA